CUACAAUUCAAGUGAAGUGAGAAAUGUCAUGCAUAACUGAAAGACGAACAUAUUAUUUAUAUUUUUGGAAUUUGUCUAUUGCAAUCUAAUUAUAUUAUUUGAGUGGACAUACGGAAGAGUUUUAAUUUUUUUAAGAAGUUAAUUUUCAUUUUAAGAUAUAAUCUGAAAGAAAAUCGGAUGGGGAAAAUGGAGCUACAAUGAUUUUACGUAGCAUCAAUAUCAUGCUUAGAAAAAUUGUAAAUAAUCAAUCGGAAGAAUGGAAAUUCUAUCAGAAAUCACUUUGGUCCUAGCGUGGUUAAGUGUUCUAAAUUGCUACGAAGCCAGAAAGGACCACGAACAACGAAAUGAAGCAUGCAAGUCCACACCAAUUUCUGAAAGUUCAUCGAGCUUUUUUAAAUUGUACUGUGAAAAUACCACCCUUACCGAAUUAAGCAAUAAUUAUUUGACAAAACAGCACGUUAACUAUGACAACAUCACACUUCUGCAUUGUCCUGAAACAAACAAUGCUGAUUUGCACCUACAUCAGUUUCACUUCGCUAAGCAUUUUCAAUGGAUCCAUAGUAACUUAACUGAUUCUCAACUUGAGGAAUUCUUCACAAAAUAUAAUAACAUUUUCAAAAACUUAAUUUCCCUCGAUUUAUCUUACAACACACUCGGUUGUGUAAAAUGGAUAUCUCCACAUUUCAACAGAAAACUUAAUAUUCUAAAAUUAACUGCCAAUAAAAUCGAAACUGAUAGCUGCACUUUCACUAAUUUUGGUCAAUUAAGCAAUCUGCAGGAAUUGCAUUUGGAUCAAAAUCGAAUAAACGCUCUAAACAACACUUUGAUGAGUAACUUUACAAAUUUGAAAAUUCUUAACAUGUCUUACAAUAAUAUCUCAGACAUUCCAAGGAAUACCUUUGACCGAACAAUCACUCUAGAGCAAUUGUAUAUAAGUAGAAAUGUUUUAUCAAUAUUACCGUUUCAAUUAUUCAAAACCAUGCAACAUCUUAGUACUUUGGACUUGUCUUAUAAUCGGCUUAUAUCUUUACCUGACAAUUUUUUCGCUUUAAAUAAAGAAUUAAAGGAGUUACGGUUGCAGCAUAACGUUUUGCAAUCAAUCGAUCGAAAUGUAUUCUUUGGGCUUAAAAAAUUACAAAUAUUGGAUUUAUCACACAACACCAUUGCAUAUAUCGAUAAGAGAGCAUUCUAUUCACUAAGCAGCUUGAUUGAACUGAAUCUCCGUCACAACAACUUGAACAUUAUUCCUGCAACUCUAUUUCAUCCAUUACAAAAUAUCAUAAGACUGGACAUAAGUGAAAACGGAUUCACGCAGCUUCCAAGCGGUUUAUUUAAGAACCAGAAGUCACUGAAUGCGCUUUUCAUUGAUGGCACUAAUUUAGAAAAAAUAGGCAAUUGGAUCUCGAGUUUUGACGAUGAAGUUAAUAGUAAAGUCCUUAACAACCUAAACACACUUUCAAUGCAAAACAAUAAAAGGCUUAAGAAAAUUCCAAGAAUUAUUUUUAAAAAUGCUGUGAAUAUCACAGAACUGUUCUUAUCAAACAAUUCUUUAACUCAAUUAUCUCCUGAAAUUGGCCAGCUCAAGAAUUUAAAGUUGUUAAAUUUAAAAAAUAACCAAUUAACUUCUUUGCCCGAUACCGUCAAAAAUUUGGAACAUAUUGAAUCGUUCAAUUUCAUCAACAACGAUUAUAAAUGCGAUUGCAAGUUGUACUGGCUCACUGAGUGGCUAAGAAAAACUGAGUUGCAUUUGAAUCAAUCCUCGACAAGAACCGACUCUGAGUAUGAUUUCAAUACAGUAAUUUCCCAUUUGACAUGCCACCAAGGUUAUCUUGGGGACAUGAUUCCUGUACUACAAAGUCUCCACUGCUUCAAGCCAACUAUUAUUGAAUCACAAGACAACAGAUUACAUCUGCUUCAUUCAACUGUAAACUUAGAAUGUUCAUUUACGGGCAGCCCUCAACCGGAUGUUGUUUGGAUAACGCCAACAAAUCAUAUACUUCGACACCGUGCAGAUCCAGAAAAAGAGCCGAUAGUUCUUAAGCACAACGGAUUACAACCCACUAAAUAUGAGUUUGCCGCACCACUUGAAGAAAUGAAUAGCAUCAAUGGUACAAGUCAGCUACGUUUUAUUUAUAGCCAUUAUGCUUUGUUCGAAAAUGGAUCUCUUAGAAUAUUUAAUCUUUCAAGAAGUGAUAGUGGUUUAUACACAUGUUAUGCCUACAAUUUGAUGGGAAGUACUUCAGCCAGUAUGCGUCUCUACAUUGACCCUAUCAUAUUUUACAAAGUAAAAAUCGAAAGUAUAUUGUUUGGAACAGCAGCUGCAGCUUUAUUUUUGCUGCUUACACUUAUCAUUCAAGGGAUUCGCAUGAUUUUAACAAGAUAUGGACUCUACUAUCGAAUAUGUAACGUUUUUGUUUGUGUUGGCCGGAAAAAAUCGCCCCGUGCUAAACAAAUUUAUGCAAUGUUGGAUAGCAUUGAACAUUAUAAAACCCAGCAAUUAGAAAGACUGAGGGAGAACUAUGCACAACAGGUUCAUCGAAUAAGGGAAAACUGUUAUCAGCAAGUUGAGUGGAUCCAAACUAGUUAUACAUCACAGGCAAAAAAUCUUAAAGGUUUUCGAGAUAUUGGUUCAAAUCAUUUGACUUCUUUGAGAGAUCAAUAUUAUGAUCAGAUGAAAAAAGUGCGAGAUUACUCUAAUACACAAUUGAACUGGGUACGGGAAAAUUAUGUCUACCAGCGAAAUAAAAUUCGUAAAUUUAGUGCACAUCAAGUUUUAAGAUUACGCGAGGGAUAUAAGUAUCAACAGCAAACUCUAAACAAAGUUCUCGAAAAUCUUCCAAGCUUUUACUUUGAAAAUUGUCGUGGGAGAAGUGACGAUGACAUAACAGAAAACUUAGAAACUUAUAUCAAAUCCCAAAUGGGGGGCGACCUGUCGGAUAUAGACGUAAACAUUUUACAUUACAACUGUAAGUUACUUCACCGUUAUGCCGCAGCGAAAAGUAUGGACGAAAGUAAGACAUCAAUUUACUACACUCCUCCAGAUGAUUGUCUUUUACCAUCUAAUCUUCAAGUCUCGCCCAUUCAUAUAAACUACAUAGAUGAGAACAUUCAAAUGAAUAGUGUAAAUAGUAUUUGUCCUGAUGACAUUCUGUUUAAGAAUAUUUCUGAGGGAGCUGAAGCUGCAGCUGAAAGUAUAAUUAUAAAUAAUUUACAAGAAUCCGAACCACUCCACACUAACAAGCGCAAAGACAUUAAACUUAAUACAAAGCCCUUAACAAUCAAAAGUUCAAAUUCAUUUCCUACCAUCUACAAAAUAUCAAUGAAUGAAGACGGAUCAGUUGUUCAUGAGUUUCUGAGCAACUUUUCCGAUACUGUUGAUAAUGGUGACAAAGUCAGCAAACCAGAAAAGCUGCAGGCUCUGAAUGGAGAGUUAAAAAACAUUAAAGCUGAGAACAUUGAACUUAUAUAAAAAUUAGCCUGUUAAAAGUCCUUCCACACCAUCUCACAUAGUAUAUGGAAACAUAAUUCAUAUAAAAAAGCAGCAGUACGAAAGUAAAAGCCAAUUUUUAACAUUUGCAAAGUUAAUGUUAAUUAAAUUUUGUGUAGUUUGCGCUUUAAUAUUUAGAGGACUCUAGAACAUUUAUAAAUUUAAUAAAAAUACCAAAUUUUUAGUCCAUAUUUAUUAGGCCAAAAACAACAACAAAAAUUCCGCUUUGUAAUUGAAAUUCCAUCAUAUUGGGUCAAAUGAAAUCCAAAAGUUCUAUUUCGAUGGAAGCUGCAUGUAAAUAUUAGUCUGAACGCUCAGUGACAAGAGUCACUGCAGAAUUGAAAUGUGAGAAGCAGCGUAUAUAGAAAUAGCGAACUUAACUUAACUUUUGCCCUCCAUCCUUCACCAUUUUAUUUUUAUUUAAUUGCGAGUUUAAUAUUUUUUGUAUUGACAAUAUUUAAGUAAUGAAGCCAUAAUCAUACUACAAACAAAACUUAACAACAUUUUAUUAUUGUUUUUUUUUUUUUUUUAAUUUAAAAUGCCACGACCCAGAAGAUCCAAAGUCGAUUUUUAGUAAAAUACGCCUAGUUUAUAGGAAUAUUAAAACCAAGAAUUCUAUAAAUGUCUCAAAACAACAAAAAAUGGAGUUAGGGAGUUUAAAUAGAAUGUCGACCAUAAAAUUUUUCCUAACAAAGGUUUCAUAAAAUUGCGAAUCAAUCAACUAAAACGGAACAAUACAUUUCACGGGAAAGAAGAGAGAGGCACGUUUAUUGAAUUAUUAUUUAUAUUAUAUAUAUAUUAACCUUAUUAAUUAUUGAAUUAAAGAAUUUGUAUUCAUUUUAUUGCAUUAAAUAAAAUCAUAAAUUAAAUUAAAGUAGAAUAUAUCACCUUAUUCAAUGUCUAUAAAGCGGAACGAAGUUUACCAGGUCAGCUAGUAUGAAAAAUAAGACGCAUAUGUGUACAAAUAUGAGAAUGAGUUGCUGAAGGUAAACACACCAUUGCAGCACAGAAAACCGAUAAAGUUGGUUAUUGCGUUUUGUGAAUUCAAGAGUUAUGGAUUUUAUGAUGUGUCUGGAUGUUUGAAUUUUGGAUUGGGAUUUUUCAAAAUUUUAAAUAUAAAUAUUUAUGUCAUUAUCUUAUUAUAAUACUAUGUGAGAUUGUGGUGCGUAGUUUAAAGUUUAUUUAUGUAGAUAUAGUUUCAAAGCAAAAUUUUAAAUUAAUAAAGGUUAAGCUGCAAACAAUUUAAAAGUAUCUAAUAAAUCUUUAAAAUCUCUGGUACCUUACUAAAAGAUUUGGGCGUAACUGAUUGCCCAACAAUAAACAAUAUAUAAGCAACUUGGUGGUUGCAUUUAAAAAAGAGCUUUUUGUAUGCAAACUCAUUGCAAAAUUUCAAUGUUAUUUAGAUCAAAUUGCUCUUAGUGAAAUAAAAACUCAGCUACCACCGUGAAAGAUUUAUCAUUGGAAAUAUUACUUUAAAAAAGAAAUAUACAAUUAAUUUGUUCAUAUCAUUAUACUCAAAUUGGCUUUGUUCAUACAUUGACUUAUUAUAUAAUAAUGUUUAUAAAUUUAUAUGAUCUUGUGUACAUAUAACAAGUCAAUGGUUCUUUGUAUACCUACCUAAUAAAACAUUAUUUUCUCACUAGCAAGCAGUUUAUACCUAUGUAUGAAUAUUUACACUCACGAAUUGAUUGUUAAGAUAAAGUUAAUAAAAGUGAUUCAAUUAAAAAGAAACUAAA